AUGGCGAACAUUGUCGGCGGUGUCGAAGCACAAGAGCUCUCCACCAGCGAGGCGAUCAGUCUGCUGCGCUGUGGCCUGCGCGAAAUGACAGCCAUAUCCGACCUCACGUCAGAGUGGUCGCGGGAGGCGUUACGUCUGGUGGUGGGGCUGUGUGUUCUGUUUUCCAGAGAGGGCUGUCCUGAGCUGCUCCCUUGCCUCAAGGACGGCACGCUUCCACAUUUUUACGUCCUGCUGGCUAUUUGA